AUCUAGACCAGUGUAAAAUUAAGUCUACCACGUGUCAAUGUACACAAAACAAAACAGUGCCUGGAAUUCGGAAUUCUGCUCUGUGCACAGAUCUGGAUUUUCCUCCCUGAUUUUGCAGUACAUUACGGUAUCCGUGUAGCUAAAAUAUGCAGAGGUCAUUGCUAGGGAACAGUGACCUAAGUGUGUCACCGAUUUGCCUUGGCUGUUGGCAGUUCAAUGGAGGGAAAGCAGAUGAAACAUGGCCAGCUCAACCCAUAGAAGUUUCACAAUCAAUUGUCAACAAAGCCAUUGAAUUAGGUGUGAACUUCUUUGACACAGCUGAGGCCUAUGGAAUGCACAGAUCAGAAGAAGUCUUGGGGCAAUGUCUUGGGAAUCGCCGUAGCGAUGUCAUCAUCGCAUCAAAAUUUGGAGCCAGGAUAAAGACACCGUACAAAGCCACUGAUAUUGAAGAGUCAUUAAGGUUGAGUUUGGAAGCACUAAGAACAGAUUAUGUUGAUCUGUAUCAGGUUCAUUGGCCGGUUAUGAUAAAUGAUGCCAAGGAAACAGUAGCGGAGUUAAAGAGACUACAAGCCAAAGGUCAAAUAAAGCACUAUGGUGUGUGUAAUUUUGGAGUUGAAAACAUGAAAGAGUUUAUAAAUGCGGAAGGGGCUGGGAUCACUAACCAGUUGCCAUACAAUCUACUCUGGCAUCCUGUUGAGUUUGAGAUCCUUCCAGAAUGCGUCAAGAACAACAUGAGUGUGCUAGCUUACUCUCCCCUGCAGCAAGGAUUGUUGACAGGAAAAUUCUACAAGCCAGAGGACGUGCCAGAAGGCAGACGACGUACUAGACAUUUCAACAAAGACAGCACGUCUAUGUCACGCCAUGGCCAGGAGGGAGCUGAGGAUCAAACUUUUAAGGCCAUUCAAUCUAUUCGUGAGGCAUGUGGUAAAGAGGGUGUUCCCAUGGCAACUGCUUCUUUGUCUUGGCUCCUAAAGCAACAGAAUGUGGCAUCAGUGAUCGUGGGAUGCAGCAAACCUGAGCAGUUGGAGCAGAAUUGCAAGAUUGCUCAGCUUUCACAGGAAUUAAAGAAGCAGCUUGCAGAGGCAACAGAUGAUUUGAAGUCAACAUUUGGAAACAACCCCGAUAUGUGGGCUCCAAGUUCUAGAAUUUAUUAAAAUCUAUCCAACUAAUGGAUAGGCCAUUUAUAUAUUAGUCAUCUGACCACAGAAUGGAGAAGAUGGUAAAUAAUAUCUGAUGAGACAUGUAUUUCAUAGAGUUGUUUUUUCCCUUUAUUUGAGUGAAGUAGUUAUAACUUUGUCCAAACUUCCAAAUUAUAUAUAGUAGUUGCACUUUUAAUUGUUUCAAUACUGUAUUUCUGUAAAACUUAUGUUGUCAGUACACUAUUGUAUUGAAUCAAUAAUGUUUAAACCUAUACUAUAUUACCUUAGCUAUGGUUUUUCUUUACUAUAUAUAAUUUUAAUAUAUACUACAGUAUACAUAUAAAUUUUUUAAUUGAAUGUUGUAUGUAAUACAAUGGCUGCUGUUAUUACUUUAUAUCCCUGGGGCCUAAUUUAUUAAACUAGAAAUCAGCUUGAAUUUGUCAAGUCCAUUUUUUUUUUGCUUAAGUUUUAAGAUUUAUCAAUAUUGCUUAGCUUAAAAAUUACUUAAAAUUUAAAAAAUCAUUGUAUGCAUGUGCCAUCUAAGAUGAUUUUUAAGCUAAGAUUUUGAUAAGAUGGUUUGAUAAAUCAGCUUAAGAUAUUUGCUUAGGGACAUAUUUUUCGACUUAGACAUUUGCUAAGCUGAAAUAGUAACGUUUUAUCUCCGUUACAUUGUAGGCCUACAUUGUCAUUAUAUCAUAGGUUUUUCUUCAUGAUGAAUCAACUUCCAACAAAUUUAGUACUACAGUUAUAGUAUUAAAAAUCAACUGUUAGAAGAGCUGACAAAUGAAAUGCAAUGAUGCAUAGCAUUUCACGAUUUAAAAACGAUUUUACUGAAAUAAAGAUUUUAAAAUUGGACCUUUGAAAUUUGGGGAGUGCUUCUCUGCAUCCUGUCUAUGUCCUGGUUUGUCUGACAAAACCAUGUGCUAUGUCCCUUAAAGCCUAAAAAAUUUCGCCUGUAAGAUCUCGGGUCUACUCAUAAUAAGUCUAUGAUAAGUCUAUGUCAUAAUUAGCUGAACAAGGCUACCAAGUAUUCUUGAGCAUUUGUCGAUUGGUUAGCAACAGAUUUAAUUCUAGAUCUCAGUAGUAAGGUAGAUGCAAUUUAUUGAAAAAAAAUAUUCAUUGAUUGAUUGUUACUUUUAGUUUCUUUAAAUCAUUUUGUUAUAAUUUAUUUUUCUCGUGAGCCAAAAUGAAUUGCCAAAUUUGGCUUGCGGGCUGCCAAUUAAGAACAUUCUGGCGUUUUAUCUUGGAUAAGAAAUGUAAAUUAAUCAUAUAUUUAUUUUUAAAGUAAUUUAUCACCUUAGUAUAUUUUUAUAUUUUUUCCCUAAUGAAUAACAGUACCUGUAAUACAAUAUAUUAAUUACUAUUAUUAUUAAUAAUAAUAUUACAUUUUGAUGUGCUUAACUUUUUUGUAUUUUGUUAUCCUAGUCUGUAUUUUGUCCAGGACUUGCUUCCUUCGAUGUCUACAAGUGUUCUUAUCUAAACAUAUUAUUGCUUGAUAAUUUUAAUAACAUGUUCACGUAGUGUGAGUAUAAAA